UCGUUGCUGACUUCAACGAUGGGCUGCGUGAAUGCUCCAGAGCAACCGCCUCCGGUGCGACAAACUGCUCCCACAGCUCCUCCUGCCGCUGCUGCCGCUCCUGCUGCCGCUCCUGCAGGUUCUGCCUCCACAGCACCUCGGAAGCCACCUGUGGAUGUGAACAGCAUUGUGGUGCCCGAAGGAUUCAUCCAUCCUCGUGAUUUGCCGCGUUACGACCCCUUCCGGGAAGAGCAGCCAGAUUGGAGGUGGGAAAAGGAUGAGGGUCAGUGGCGCAGCUAUCCGCUCAAUGAUUCCAUUGAGCUGGAUCGCUACUGGCAAAUCUUUGCUGCAAGCGGCAAUGAGGGUGGAGUUACCAAAGCGAAGAUGAAGCUCUUGAAGAACGACGUGGUGGUAGACUUUGCCCAGAUGACUGCGCAGGCCGAAGGCCGUCCCCGCAAGAUUGAGAGGCAGUUAAAGACUCCUGAUUGGCUGAGCAACCGUUUCUUCUUCGAUGCGUUUACGGAAACACUGGACAAGGCAGGUAUCAAAGUUGAGACUGCUGCGGAGCAGAUGUUCGAAUUUCGAUUCGUGCAGGACUUCCGGGACACCAAGGAUGAUGGGCGGAAGAUGUAUCGAGGUGGCAGAGAGUACCACCUCCCGGUUGGGUGGAAACGUUUCGCAGUGCAAGUGAAGGGUGCCUACGAUGAUGGUGACAAUGGCUGGUUGCGCGAAGAUGAGAGUGGCUGGGCAGUGGCAUACCAUGGUACUUCCAAAGAAGGACUUGGCGGCAUCCUUUGCACAGGUUUCAGGGUUGGAGAGCGUCAAAAGUUCGCGAAGGAUACAGGCGCUGGUGUCUACUGCACACCCAUCAUCGAUGUAGCACAGCACUACUCCAAACCAACGCUGCUCCGAGGGCGCAGCGUUCAGAUUGUCCUGCAGCUGCGGGUGCGACCCUCCGCCAUCAAUCCUGUAAGAGAUCCAGGGGCCCAUGAGUUCGAGCGAAAGUACUGGGUCAUCAAUAAUCCUGAUGACAUCCGUGCUUAUGGCGUCCUCAUCAGGGAGCUCCCUCUGAGAGACUACAUCUUGCCAGAGGUCAUGGUGUUUGGCCGUGAUCAUCCGGGAAUCCGUGACAAGUUGGAGGAACUCGAGGAGGAGAUCAGAAAACAGGGCGGCUGAGAACGCGGCGGUUUUCCUCCACAUUCUGCAGUCUCCAGCCUUCGAUGGUCAAAGAUCUGAGCUCCCGUAGAUCUGAAGUGCUUGUGAAGGUCAUGAGAAUCUUCGUGAUGUUUACACAGCGCCUGUCAGCCAAAUUGCGUGCGACUGCUGCAAAGCUGCAGUCGCCUGUUGUCAUGGACCAUCCACAUUUUGCAGCUUGAGCAGACUGCGGAAUGAAGC